GCUGACAUACAAAUAACACGGCUCUACUCUAAAACACAUAAAUCUUGUAUUUAUGUGUAACAAAGUCAGUGUAACAAUCAAACACGCUAAAAUCUGUCAGAAAAAUGGCUGAUGUUGAGAAAAUUCAACAGGAGAUACAACAGCCAUUGAUAAAGCCUAAGGAAAUCAGCUCUUCUGAUGGCAGAAAUCAGGACAAAAAUGAUGGAGGUCAUCCAUGGAUGGUCUACCUUAGCACUUUUGUUGCAGUCUGUGGCUCUUAUGAGUUUGGAGCUUGUGCAGGUUAUUCAUCUCCUACUCAGUCUGCUAUUACUGCAGAACUUGGUCUUUCUACUGCUGAGUUUUCACUUUUCGGUUCUAUAUUGACUUUUGGUGCGAUGAUUGGAGCUAUCACGAGUGGACCUAUUGCAGAUUUUAUUGGGAGGAAAUGGGCAAUGAGAGUGUAUUCUGCUUUCUGUGUGGGAGGGUGGCUUUCCAUUUAUUUUUCCGAGGGUUCUUUAGCAUUGGAUGUAGGAAGAUUAUCAGGAGGAUACGGAAUGGGUGCCUUCUCCUAUGUGGUACCUGUUUACAUUGCGGAAAUAGCACCUGUAAAUCUCAGAGGAGCACUCACAACCUUAAACCAGGUCAUGAUCUGUACUGGAGUCUCAGUGGCUUUUAUAGUAGGCAUAGUAUUACCGUGGAGAGCUUUAGCAUUAACCGGAAUUAUCCCAUGUGCUGUUCUGCUUUCGGGAUUAUUUUUCAUCCCAGAAUCUCCUAGAUGGUUGGCAAAAAUAGGAGCUAAAAAGGAGUUUGUAGCUGCACUUCAGAAGCUCCGUGGCAAAGAUGCAGAUAUAACCCAUGAGGCUGAUGAGAUUCAAAACUACAUAGAAGAACUUGAACAACUGCCAAAAGCUAGUAUGUUUGACUUGUUUCAAAAGAGGUAUAUACGUUCUGUCACGAUAGGAGUCGGAUUGAUGGUUUUCCAACAGUUUGGGGGAAUUAACGGUAUCUGCUUCUAUGUCAGCAAUAUUUUUGAGAUGGCUGGAUUUUCCCCAAGCAUUGGUACUAUAAUAUACGCUUUGCUGCAGGUUGUGGUUACAACUAUUGGAGCGACUUUAAUCGACAAAGCAGGAAGAAAACCACUGCUUUUGGUUUCUGCAGUUGGGCUGGUUGUAGGUUGCAUAUUGACUGCUAUCGCAUUCUACCUCAAGGCUCAUGAGCUAUCAGAGAAAGCAUCGGCAGUACUAGCAGUCACUGGCAUACUGGUAUACAUAUCAGCCUUUUCAGCAGGCAUGGGAGCAGUUCCUUGGGUCGUUAUGUCAGAGAUUUUCCCUAUAAAUGUGAAAGGAGUAGCUGGUAGUCUGGCAACACUCGUUAACUGGUUCGGUGCUUGGGCGAUUUCCUAUACGUUCAAUUUUUUGAUGGAAUGGAGUUCGUGUGGUACCUUUAUUCUUUAUGCAGCAAUUAAUGCAGCAGCGAUCGUCUUCAUUGUCAUGGUUGUACCUGAAACAAAAGGAAGAACUCUUGAGCAAAUCCAAACGGACAUUAAUGCUUAAACUAGUGAGGAAACAAGCACACCCCAUUUUCUAGUGAAUCAGACGAGGAAAAUUCUUUCAAGAGAAUAAAAAAUUGUAGCAUAAAUUUGUCAUCCUUUGUUCUUUGGAAAAAAAAAAAAAAGAAAAUCUCUUUAUUUAUCAUUAUGGCUUAUACAUUGGCAACACUUAUCAUUCUUUUUGACAUGUAGAUUGAUCCAUAGAAGUGCAUAUAAACAGGAUGUAUCUGAUUGCCAAGUGUCAGUCCUUAAUUCUCAA